AUGAGUGAAGAACAAAUUCAUCACCUUGCUCAAUUUUAUAAAUUCAUCAGCAACAAUAAUAACCAACUGGUCGGAGUUGAAAAUAAUGCAACAACAAAUGACAAUAAUUUUAUACAAUAUAAUAUUGCUAUUUUAGAUUCAAUAGUUCAAUCGAUCGCCUCGAAUUCUAACAUGUAUCAAGCCUAUGAUUGGAAUCAACUGUAUUUAUACUUGUCAUACAAGAUUCAUCACAUAAGACAAAUCUAUCCUAAUAAUCAAGAAAAUUUUGAUAAUCUAAUGCAAUCAAUUGACAGUAAUUUACGUAAAUUUAAUAGGUAG